AUGGAGUCUUUGUCCUGUUCGAUUUGUGGGAAAUUUAUGUCAGCUUUCGAUAAUUAUGUGAGACACUUGCGUCGUAAUCACGGAGAUAUCGGAGCCCAAACAGCAUCGGCCCUAGUGAAAGAGACAAAGGAAGCAAGAAUGGCAUUGAAGCAGUACCAGUGCGAUUUGUGUAACUUCAGGGGCUCGUCAAAAGAUGCCGUGAGAAUGCAUAAAGCUAGGAAUCAUAGGCAGGCUCUCGCUCCACUUACAAAUUUAAACGCAGAUGCAACCAGCCAGAAGCAGGGUUUGGCAUGCCCCCGAUGCCUCGCAAAUACUCGCGAUACAAGAAGCCUCAUCGAACAUGCUCGUUUGGAGCAUGAGUUUCAAGGCGACAUUGUGACCCGAGUGUUCGAUAACCAUGCAGACUUCAAGGUUUGGAAAGAGAUGCACGAGCGCCUCACUGUCACAUCGUGGUCAUGUUACGCUACCCUCCCAAAAAAUGGCUCUAAGACCAAAUAUUACAAGUGCUUCCGAUCACGCAAGAGAAAGGCCGCGAAAGCCACAAAGAGAAGAGGCCACUCUAAAGCAAUUCAGACGGCAUGCACAGCAUUUUUGAAAGUGACUUUUAAGUUGGCAAAGUUCAGACAAGCUACAGUUGAAAAUGAAGCUGUUGGGACAAUCGAAGUUGAGUAUUGUGACAAGCACCUUGGACAUACUAUUAGUGGUGCUCUACUACCCUUGUCUAAUAGCGAUCGGAGAGAAAUCAGUCAGCUGCUCAGGAAAAGUUCUCUGUCCCUAGUGUCACAAGAGCCAUUCGUAUGGACCACUCCUCACCAUAUGAACGCCUAUACUGGGUCACAUCCACGGACGUUAGAAACGUAUUAG